AUGGCGACCGUGUACACAGCCAGCCAGCCCCGCGUGGGGAGUGCAGGUGGCUUCGGUUGCAGCUUCGCAUCCCGGGAGCGUCGCUGCCUGGUAAACGGUGAGCAGGGGCUGCGCGCCGGUGGGAGUGGGGCGACGGGAGACCGUGGCUGGAGUCCAAACACCACUCUAUCUGGAGGUUUCCGGCUUGGGUCGCUCAUCUCUGAAACCCAGGCGAAGGAGGGCGAGACAUCGUGGGAGUCCUUUCAGCCUGGCCACGACUUACGACUGAGUCUUGCUCUUUCACCCAGGCUGCAGUGCAAUGUCAUGAUCUUGGCUCACUACAACCUCCACCUUCCAGAUUCAAGCAAUUCUCCCAUCUCAGCCUACCUAGCAGCUGAGAUUACAGCUAGAAUGGGUACUAGGAAAAAAGUUCACGCCUUUGUCCGUGUCAAACCGACUGAUGACUUUGCUCAUGAAAUGAUCCGAUAUGGAGAUGACAAUAAAACCAUUGAUAUUCACUUAAAAAAAGACAUUCGGAGAGGAGUUGUCAAUAACCAACAGACAGACUGGUCGUUCAAGUUGGAUGGAGUUCUUCACGACGCCUCCCAGGACUUGGUUUAUGAGAAAGUUGCAAAGGAUGUGGUUUCUCAGGCCCUCGAUGGCUAUAAUGGCACCAUCAUGUGUUAUGGGCAGACAGGAGCUGGCAAGACAUACACCAUGACGGGGGCAACUGAGAAUUACAAGCACCGGGGGAUCCUCCCUCGUGCACUGCAGCAGGUUUUUAGGAUGAUUGAAGAACGCCCCACAUAUGCCAUCACUGUGCGUGUUUCCUACUUGGAAAUCUAUAAUGAGAACCUGUUUGAUCUCCUGUCCACUCUGCCCUAUGUUGGACCCUCAGUCACGCCAAUGACCAUCGUGGAAAACUCUCAAGGGGUCUUCAUUAAGGGCUUGUCAGUCCACCUCACAAGUCAGGAGGAGGAUGCAUUCAGCCUCCUUUUUGAGGGAGAGACCAACAGGAUUAUAGCCUCCCACACUAUGAACAAGAACUCUUCCAGAUCUCACUGCAUUUUCACCAUCUACUUGGAGGCCCAUUCCAGAACCUUAUCAGAGGAAAAGUACAUCACUUCCAAAAUUAACUUGGUGGAUCUGGCAGGCUCAGAGAGGCUGGGGAAGUCUGGGUCUGAGGGCCGAGUCCUGAAGGAAGCCACCUACAUCAACAAAUCGCUGUCGUUCCUGGAGCAGGCCAUCAUUGCCCUCGGGGACCAGAAGCGGGACCAUAUCCCCUUUCGGCAGUGCAAGCUCACCCAUUCUCUGAAGGACUCCUUAGGGGGAAACUGCAAUAUGGUCCUUGUGACAAACAUCUAUGGAGAAGCUGCCCAGUUAGAGGAAACGCUGUCUUCACUGAGAUUUGCCAGCAGGAUGAAGCUAGUCACCACUGAGCCUGCCAUCAAUGAAAAGUAUGAUGCUGAGAGAAUGGUCAAGAACUUGGAGAAGGAACUAGCACUGCUCAAGCAGGAACUGGCCAUCCAUGACAGCCUGACCAACCGCACCUUUGUGACCUAUGACCCCAUGGAUGAAAUCCAGAUUGCUGAGAUCAACUCCCAGGUGCGGAGGUACCUGGAGGGGACACUGGAUGAGAUUGAUAUAAUCAACCUGAGACAGAUCAAGGAGGUGUUCAACCAGUUCCGGGUGGUUCUGAGCCAACAGGAACAGGAAGUGGAGUCCACUUUGCGCAGGAAGUACACCCUUAUUGACAAGAAUGACUUUGCAGCCAUUUCUGCUGUCCAGAAGGCAGGGCUUGUGGAUGUUGAUGGCCACCUAGUGGGUGAGCCUGAAGGACAAAGCUUUGGACUUGGAGUCGCCCCUUUCUCUAACAAACCCGGAAAGAAAGCCAAGUCCAAGAAGACAUCCAAAGAGCCGCUCAGCUCCUCAGCAAAAAAAGAAGGUGCCAGCAGCCCUGUGAGUGCCAAGGACUUGGAUAUGGUUUCCACCUCCAAGACCCAGCUGGUCCCAUCCUCCAAGGAUGGGGAUGUCAAAGACAUGCUUUUGCGGGACCGGGAAACCUCUAGCAUUGAGCCCCCUCUCUCAGACUCCCCCAAGGAGGAAUUACGCCCAAUUAGGUCCGACACCCCACCCUCCAAACCAGUGGCCUUUGAGGAGUUUAAGAACGAGCGAGGUAGUGAGAUCAACCGCAUUUUCAAAGAAAACAAAUCCAUCUUGAAUGAACGGAGGAAAAGGGCCAGCGAGACCACACAGCACAUCAAUGCCAUCAAGCGGGAGAUUGAUGUGACCAAGGAGGCCCUGAAUUUCCAGAAGUCACUACGGGAGAAGCAAGGAGCAGGGUGUGGUGGUAGACACCUGUAAUCCCAGCUUCUUGGGAGGCUGAGGCACAAGAAUUGCUGGAACCCAGGAGGCAGAGGUUGCAGUGAGGCAAGAUUGCACCAUUGCACUACAGCCCGAGUGAAAGACCAAGACUGUCUCAGAAAAAAAAAAAUUAAACAAUUGAUUCUCAGAGGGCAACUUUGUUUUCUAAUUCUUGGGGCCACUCUAUUUUUUUUGAGAUGGAGUUUUGCUCUUGUUGCCCAGGCUAGAGUGCAAUGGCACGAUCUCAGCUCACCACACCCUCUGCCUCCCAGAUUCAAGCAAUUCUCCUGCCUCAGCCUCCUGAGUAGCUGGGAUCACAGGCAUGCACCACCAUGCCCAGCUAAUUUUUGAAUUUUUAGUAGAGAUGGGGUUUCUCCAUGUCGGUCAGGCUGGUCUCAAAUUCCCAACCUCAGGUGAUCCUCCCACCUUGGCCUCCCAAAGUGCUGGGAUUUACAGGUGUGAGCCACCAUGCCCAGCCAGGGGCCAUUCUUAUCACAUCUUACAGACCAAUUAUGACAUGCUAUUCCUGAGGGCAAAGCCCUCCACAGGUCUGGGAAGCUGGAGCCAGUGAUGGUGGCUGUAGACAGACCCCUAUCCAGAACCACAGGGAGAGGACAUAGUGAAGGUCUUAUGGGACAAACACGCAUUUCUUUGUCCUCUCUGCUCAAACUUUCUUUCAACAUACAGCCCUUUAUUACAUAUUUAAGAUAAAAUAUAUGCAUGCUAUGCUGGCAUAUAAUUUACUCCUAAAUAUACCUGAAAGUGGACAUUUUCAAAGGAUGAGAUGAGGAAGACAAAAAUUUUUUUAAAUAUUUUAAAUUUUAUCUAUCAGUAUCAAAAAACCCAUUUUUGUUCUGUUCCCUAAAAGUAGUUGUUUUUCCAAUGAUUAUUAAAAUAUUACUAUAAUACCUUUAUUUUAUUGAAUUUACUUGAAUAGAUCAAGUAAAUUUGUUUUUAAAAAUAUUUUCUGGCCAGGCGUGGUGGCUCACACGUAUAAUCCCAGCACUUUGGGAGGCUGAGGCAGGUGGAUCACGAGGUCAGGAGUUUGAGACCAGCCUGACCAACUGGUGAAAACCUGUCUCUACUACAAAUACAAAAAUUAGCUGGGCAUGGUGGCGCACACCUGUAAUCCCAGCUACUCAGGAGGUUGAGGCAGGAGAAUCACUUGAACCCGGGAGGCAGAGAUUGCAGUGAACUGAGAUUGUGCCAUUGUACUCCAGCCUGGGCCACCAACUUUGGGAGGCCAAGGCGGGUGAAUUGCUUGAGCACAGGAGUUAGAGACCAGCCCAGGCAACACAGUGUGACCCCAUCUCUACAAAAAAAAACAUAAAAAAUUAGCUGGGCAUGGUGGCACACACCUAUAGUCUCAGUUACUUGGGAGGCACAGUGAAAGGACUACCUGAGCCCAGAAGGUUGAGGCUGCAGUGGAGCCAUGCUCAUGCCAUUGCAUUUCAGCCUGGGUGACAGAGUGAGGUCCUGCCAAAUCAAUCAAUCAAUCAAUCUACUAGAUACCUUAUGAUUGACAGCCACUUGUUGACCCACAAAGGUCAACAUAUUUGAAACGUUAGUCUCUUGUAAAAGAAAAAUGCAAAAUUGCCAGGUGUGGUGGCACAUGCUUGUAAUCCCACCUAUUUGAGAGGCUGAAGUAGGAGGAUCACUUGAGGCCAGUAAUAAAAGGAAAAGAAACAAAAGAAAAGAAAAAUGUAAAAAUGUAAAAUCUAAAUUCAACUCCUUUUUUUUUCCUGGAGAUAAUCAGAGAUCCUCUGAGUAGAACAAAAGAUGUUCACAGUCACUCCCCAUCUCAGCAGAGUACUGUAAAAACUCUACUCUCUAAAGGAUUGUGGCUUAUUCAAAUAAUCACAUCAGGGAUCUCCCACAGCAUAGAGACCACAGCAGAUUGCUCUGCAUUGAAGGUGAGAUAUCUGGUGAGGGUGACUCCCAGCCCCCCACUCCAGAUCCCAGAUCCCAGAGUCAAGACAUUUGCUUUUCCAUUAAUGGCAUUGUGACUUUUAAUGUGUCUUACUUUUUCUCAAUAAACAUCAGUGGAAGUGCUAACACUUUCCUCCAGCACCUGGGGUCUGCCUCAUGCACCCCAGCCACACACCUCAAGUCACACCAGAACACACUUGCCCCAUACUUGGGGAUGGGAGUUGAUGUGAGGCCUUUGCUAAGCUUUCAGGUGCUGUGGGCAGUGGAGAGUAGGGUGAAUGGUCUUACACACUGUAUUAUUUUGUCUUAACCCAACAACUGUCACUGAACUGACAGACCUUAGAAGAUAUGUGCACAGAGACUAAUAGCGGCGACCCUUGUCCCUGGAGUCCUUUGACAGCCACUCAACACGAUGUAGAUGUCUAAUCAUCUCUAAGAAGAAGGUAGCUGGUGAGCUGCACAUGGUGGCUCAUGUCUGUAAUCCUAGCACUUUGGGAGGCCAAGGUGGGUAGAUCACCUGAGGUCAGGAGUUCGAGAUUAGCCUGGCCAACAUGGUGAAACCCCAUCUCUACUAAAAAUACAAAAUUAGCUGGUCAUGGUGGCACACGCCUGUAGUCUCAGCUACUCAGGAGGCUGAGGCAGGAGAAUCGUCUGAACUGGGAGGCAGCGGUUGCAGUGAGCUGAGAUUGUGCCAGUGCACUCUAGCCUGGGCAGCAAAGCAAGACUCCAUCUCAAAAAGAGGGGAAAAAAAAGGUAGCUGGUGGAUGUGGAAAUCAGAAAGAGACAAUUUGAAUAUCUGCUGUUAUUAAUAAGGAGCCUUGCCCAAGUGCCUUGUAGUGCUAGCCAGUGAAGGCUAUUUGUAGAUGUAAUUUACAAGAAAAAUAGACAUUUGUAUACUUGGGUUGCUUACUAAAUAUCUUUGGCUAAUAGGAUUUUAAGUAAAAUAAGCAUGGAGCAUGGGCCUUCUGCACCUUCCCCUCCUGUUUGUCCUAAAAUGCCAGUGUGGCCCCUCCUUGUGAGACAUGCCCUGGAAGCCUGGCCU